AUACAAAAAAUUCUACCAUCCGAUUAAAUCCGCCUGUGUUGCGGACUUUUCGAAUUUCGAUUUCUACAGUGUUCGAGAGAAUGGAUGCUAGUAUGAUCGCGACGAUGUGGAAAUGGAAGACAGACUCAGUCUCCGUUCGCACGGAGAGGCCUCCUCCGCGGUUCUCGAAGAUAUCGUCAUUUCGUUGACAUAUCCUGUGGAUAAUCUUACUUCACGGCGUGAAUUCUGGUGAAGAAUGGACUACAUUGCCAUGAUUUGAUGCGUUCCAUUCCGGGGCUGUGAUUGUCAAAAGAUGCUCGGCGUCAUCUUCUUACGUGUGGAAUCGUUCUAAAACUGGCUUGCACCAUUCCAGACACACCAGUCAGAAAUGGAUGGUUACUGCGUGGACACGGAACCCCGAUGAAGCUGGACACGUUUAUGAUUUUGCGAAAAAUUACUGCUGGCUUUUGCAUGCAUCAGUGUAUUAGUUCAUUUUCCUUUGUUCAAUUUAUUACCUAUGCAUUGUACAGUAUUGUAGUUACUGUCAUAUAAACUUCAAAUAUUUGUUUUAUGUUAACAGUCGAUAGACGUUUUAUUUAUCGGUAUCAUUCUGGUUUCACCUAUUUUCCACAGUGCUGUACCCUCACAUAGCGUAAUUCAAGUUCAUUUUGUCCGAGUUACACGUCGAGUGAAUUUCCCGGGUAUAUUUCGGAACUUAGUUUUCCCACUUGAAUUCAAUGCAGAAGUCGGAAAACUUUUUCGAAAAGACAAAGUUUGACUCAAAUCCCAUUUCCGCAGAGGUUGCGAUCACGAACUGCGAAAAUUAUUCAAAUUUAUAAGACGAGGAAGAAAAGUUUGUCAGAACAGUAUCUUCAUUUUAUCACCCUUGGAUGAUAUUAUGUAAUGAGUCGCAAUCAAUUUCGGUUCAACUUCCGACGCCAGCCGCAUUUUCUCUGGUAGAAUAUUUCCAAUGAAUGUAGAAGUCUCCUAAAAAAUGUGUAUCCCGUUCUAUGUCGAUCUCAAGCUGCUGCACUGCGGCUUUUCGACGCUCACUCGCUGACACUUGCGCUGCUGAUCUCCAAUCAGCUUUCUUUUCAAGUUUGUGUUAGUUUCUGCGUUUUUGUUUCCAUUCAGACGCUUUAGUUUUGCAUGCUUUAGUCAGGUUGCCCUGUACGAGGGGGAAUCAGUUCGAAGGUUGAUUCUCUGAAUUCGACGUUUUAACUCCCGAGAUAUGACUGAAAAAUUGAACGACAUUCGAUUGAGAUUUGAUAAUGAAAUCUUCGCGGUGAUGGCGUUAUUCUUGAUGCAUCGGGAAGAUCGGUGUUAGCCAAAUUUUCUCCAGGAAUGUGCUACAUCUCGGUAUUUAGUUGGCAUAUUCCUUCUUUCUGAUUCAGAAACGACUGAAGUAUUCAUUUAGCAAUUGAUCUCAACUAAUUGCUGCAAAAUGCUCGGAGGCAUUCCUGGUUUUUGAAAUAAAAAAAAUUUCCCCUGUUCUUUAAACUUGUUCUGUGGGAAUUCUGUAACAAUGGAUGAGACCUUAAGCAGAGGUUAUGUGCAAUUGGCACGAGGAAGAAGACGGAAUCAGCUUCUCAAUCGACACCGGAAUAUAGACGGACUAUCUCCUCCACACGAUGACUUCCACAAAGUUUAUGGGGCGUUCCUGCUCGCAGGCGUCGGAUUUCUUCUUCCUUACAACAGUUUUAUCAUCGCUGCGGAUUACUACCUGGAGCGGUUUUAUCAGAGCAGCAUCAUUUUUGACAUGUCUUUCACUUACAUCAUGGUGGCGUUUGGGGCUGUGCUUCUCAACAAUGUUCUCGUGGAGGCGCUGGCUCUGAAUACUCGAAUUACGAUAGGUUACCUGAUAUCUUUUGGCACCCUUCUCUUCGUGGCUGUGUUCGAAAUUUGGCUGGAAAUCUUUCCGCAUAACAUCGCUUACCGUGUCAAUCUGCUUGCUGUAGCUGUAGUGGCGUUUGGAUGUACGGUGCAACAAUCCAGCUUCUACGGUUUCACGAGUAUGCUGCCCAGCAGAUACACACAAGCGGUGAUGACCGGUGAAAGUGCUGCCGGUCUCAUAGUUUCAGUGAGCAGGAUCCUCACGAAACUUCUCAUGCACGACUCCCGCACGAACACUAUUGUAUUUUUUGGAAUUUCGGUGGUUGUGGUCGUAUCCUGUUUCAUAAUUUUCGGGAUCGUUCAGAAGUCGGAUUUCGUCCGAUUUUACGUUCAGUUGUGCAAAUCUUCGAGCACUUCGCUUGCGACUGGCACCAACGAAUCCAUGAGAAUGAAGAUUAAUGCAGAAUCGACUGAAGAAGUCGAUAUUCUGGAUUUGGCGACCAACAAGACCAAGUAUGCGAGGAGACAAUCGUCUGCAGCAUCACCUUCGCAAACCCAACCGCCAGCUGGAGAAGUAUCUCCGUUGGGAGGUGUUACGUCGGUUCAUCUGCGUCGCGCAGGCAGCCCAUCCGGAGAAUCCAACGACCUCUACGUGUCGAAUCCGCUUUACGAAGUUGCCUUUGAGGCCGCGCCCGGGAACACGAGUUCUUCCGGAAGUUCAAGUCGGCCUAGCGAAGCUGCGACGUUGCGGAUUUCAGAGUCUACGAACAACGUUUGCAUUGAUGACUUUUUUGGGGAAAUCCACAAUUGCGAAUCGGAUUUCAGUUACGGGAAAGGAAAAUUUCUCGCCAAGCUUCAAAGUGGAAUUCGAGCAAGAGGCCAAGUAGCCAAACGAGUGUGGCCAUACAUGAUCUCACUUGGACUAGCGUAUUUUGUUACCUUAACUUUGUUUCCCGGGAUAGAAGCAGAGGUUGUGAGCUGUUCUCUCGGUUCAUGGAUGCCAGUAAUCCUCAUGGCAUCGUUCAACGUCUGUGAUUUCAUCGGGAAGAUACAGGCAUCUAUGUCGUACAACUGGUCUGUUACAAAGCUGAUAACGUUGUCGACAGCACGCAUUGUGCUGAUACCACUGAUGUGUUUAUGCGUCAGCCCGAGGAAUGAUCCUCUGAUUCCUGGAGAAAAGUGGGCGGUUGCGUUUUCGGCCGUUCUGGGAUUGACGAAUGGUGUUGCUGGUUCUUUGCCAAUGAUCAUAGCUCCUUCCAAAGUUCCUGAUGAGCUUAAAGAACUCACAGGAAAUAUCAUGACGCUCUCGUACAGUGUUGGGCUGACAACUGGAUCACUCUUCGCGUACGAGCUGGACUUCGUGCUCGGAAAACCGCCGUUAUUCCCGUGUGGAACUCCGAAACUAUCCACGGAAUUCUCGCCGAUGACACCGAACAUGUCUAUGCAAAGCGUUUUUAAUUCGGUGAAAUCCGUUUCACUCGGUGUGGCGAACUAUCUCACGCCCAUCCUGAAAGAAUCGGAGUUCCGCGACACGGGCACCAUCACCCCCGAGGAGUUCGUAGCUGCUGGAGACCAUUUAGUGCAUCAUUGUCCCACAUGGCAGUGGUCAUCUGCUGAAGAAUCACGUCAAGUAGCAUACCUCCCGAAGGAUAAGCAGUUUUUGAAAACGAACAGCCUUCCUUGUUACCGUCGCUGUCAGAUGGAGCACCGUUCGGAGAUGGAAGCAAUUGUAGAGGACGACGCCGAUGGUGGUUGGGUUGAUACUCACCAUAAUUUGUCUCCGGAAGAAAUGGUGAAUGAUGUGGCUGUGGACGUCAGCAAAGCUUCAUUGAAAGUGGAAGACGAAGAUAAUGAUGAAGAUGAUGACGAUGACGAAGAAGCUGUGGAUAUCGAUGAUUUCAAGGGCUGCGAGGAUGAAGAUGAUGAUCAAGUAGACCCAUCUGUUCGAGGAUCGGAAGCAGCGGCUGCGGACGUGCUGAAGCACCGGACGUAUGAUCUUCACAUAGCAUAUGACAAAUACUACCGCACGCCCCGAUUGUGGCUUUUUGGAUACGAUGAUGAUGGAAAACCGCUGAAAUCUGACAAGAUGUUUGAAGAUUUUAGCGAAGAUCACAAUAACAAAACUAUCACGCUGGAAGUCCAUCCAUUCUUCCCGAUCACGUACGCUUCAAUUCAUCCGUGUCGUCAUGCGAAGGGAAUGAAGAAAUUCAUGGAUAUGUAUGCCGAAGGCGGCGAGGAGCUAGGGGUUCACAUGUAUCUGAUAGUUUUCUUGAAAUUCGUACAAGCCAUUAUCCCGUUGUUCGCGUGUGUCAUGAAGCACGACAAUGAAGUGGAGGAAAGUACGGAUGUGCCCCCCAUGCCAUGGUUUGGCAUGGACAUAGGUGGAACGUUGACGAAACUCGUUUAUUUUGAACCUUCUCCGGGUUGUGGUGGGUAUGAGGAUCCCGAAAGUGAAACAAUCGCCAAUAUACGGCGUUACAUGAUGUCUUCUUCUACCUACGGAUGUACUGGUCACCGCGAUGUGGAAUUACAAAUGAAGUGUGUGAUCGCUGGUCGCCGUGGAACGCUCCAUUUUAUUCGGUUCCAAACCAGCGAAAUGUCUGCAUUCUUGGAAUUAGCCAAGAGGAAAGAACUUGCGAAAACUGCCAUCUCUCUCUUCGCCACUGGUGGAGGGGCCUUCAAAUUUGAAAACGCCUUUCUCGACGAAGUCGGGCUCAGACUGGUGAAGCUUGAUGAGCUGGAAACGCUAACGCGGGGAAUAGCUUUCAUGGAGGAGCACAAUUCGCACGAAGUUUUUUACAUUUGCAAUGGAUUUCAGAGUCCCAACUCAGAAGCGGAAAUGGAUAAUCGGGACUCUCCUACCAGCGAAUCAAUCUUGGGCCUCAAGGUGAAGUACGAUUUCUCUCAUCCGUAUCCAUUCCUGGUGGUCAACAUCGGCUCCGGUGUGAGCAUUUUAAGUGUUCGGGCCAGAGAUUGCCUGCAGCGUGUUACCGGAAGCAGCCUUGGGGGUGGAACAUUCCUCGGUCUAUGUUGUCUCCUGACUGGGUGUGAAUCGUACGAAGAAGCGAUUGAGCUUGCUGCCAGAGGUGACAGCAAUAAGGUGGACAAGCUGGUGAAAGAUAUUUACGGUGGGGAUUACCAAAGAUUUCAGCUGUCGGGAAAUCUGGUGGCUUCCAGCUUCGGCCAAAUGAACAUGGAGCCCAAGCGAGAUGUGGUGGAUAAAGCAGACUUAGCCAGGGCUACCCUAGUAACCAUCACAAACAAUAUCGGCUCCAUUGCACGAAUGGUAGCUAAGAAUGAGGAAGUGCUCACUAGCUUUGUUUUGUCAAGAGUUCCGAUUUCAGAAAUGUCAAUUGCGAUAUCGAGUGAUGUUCAAGCUGCUCAGGCAAACAACAUGUCCAGUUCGUAUCAGAUCCGUCCUCCUUAUGAAGAAAAGUUUAAACGAAAUGAAGUGAAGGAAAUUAUCCAUGCAGUUCUCAUUGAUGAACUUGGUGGAAAAUGCUACAGUGAGACGGAAAAUGAAGCCUGGUGUUCCAAAAUUGUGAACGAAAUUCAAACGCGUGUUCUGAAAUUACCGUAUAAGAGAUAUAAGUAUGUUGUGCAAGUUGUCAUCGGUGAACAGCGGGGUUCCGGCGUCAAACUGACAUCUCGUUGCCUUUGGGACCUGGACACUGACAAUUACAGUUCAGAUGUGUUUCUUAAUAGGCAACCUGCGAAGCGAAUCAAAAUGGCAGCUAUGGGACCGGGUGUGCAACACUACGUCCAAGCCGGGCAGUCGAUGAACAUUCGCAGCCCGGCGCCACAGACCAUUCGUCCAUGUACCCCUGCUCAAAUGAAUCAAAUGGGUCUGGCCAUGGGCAGUCCGAACGACUCUUUGGUGGCGCAUUCGCCCCAGAUGCAGGUGCCGCCGGCACCGCAGCCGGUCAUCAAAGGGCCGGACUUGAGCCAAGUCGACAGUGUUACCAAGUGUAAAGCUUUGAUCGAUCCGCUCAAGAAGUGUCUUGAGGACGUUGUGAAAGCUGCUGCUCAAAACUUGCAUCAGAAUGCGCUCAUGGAUCUUGGAGUAUUGCGGUCUCAAGAUCCUGGAGCUCUUCGUUUCGAUAAGGCCCUAGAAGAUUUUCUAUCCGUAUGUGACGAACUUCAAUUGCAUUUGAAAAUUGCUAUGGAAACGAAUCGGGCCCAUUAUCGAAGCACGAAAUUCGUGCCGAUUCCUGUGAAUCCCGCGAAGUUGGACGGAGCCCCGACGACCCCGGUGGACAACUCCAUCAGUUACUCGCAAUACUUGAGCACCGUGCGAAGCCAAAUCGCCUACCUUCUCAGCUUGCCUUGUCACACGUUGUUCGCAUUACUUUCAGUACGUUUCGUGUUGGUGGAUUUGACUGUCAUUCGUGCGAAGGGACAUUUUCUUGAGUUCGGAAUGGUGUUCCAACCGGUUUCUCAUGUCAUUUUUGACAUGGAUGGAUUACUCUUGGACUCUGAGAAGCUUUACACGGAAGCCACUCAAGCCGUGGUUGGACCUCACGGGAAAAUUUAUACUUGGGAUCUUAAAGUUAAACUGAUGGGCCUUCCGGGGAAAGAGUCGAUUAAAACGAUAAUAACCGAAUUGGAUCUCCCGCUGGAAGCCGACGAGUAUAUGGAACAGUUUCAUCAGGUCAGCGAAAUACUUUUCCCUACUUCGACGCUUAUGCCAGAUUCUGUUCAGUUGUAUAUAAACGUCAACAAGACGUUGUUGGCGGAAUUCGGGAAAGAGUACACUUGGGCGGACUCGUCCGUGAUUCAGGGGCACACGGCGAGGGAGUCUGCGGAACUAAUUGUGUCCCGUUUCCAAGUGCCCUUAAGCGUGGACGAAUACUUGGACCGAUGCAGAGACUUGUUCCAAAUCUGCUUGCCAAACGCUACGAUUUUACCGGGUGUUGAACGACUGGUCAAACACUUGCAUUCCAAAGGAGUACCAAUGGCCAUUGCAACCAGCAGUGCAAAGAGCACUUUUGACCUCAAGAUGCGGAAUCAUCAAGAAUUUGUCAAGUUUUUCGAUCCAAUUGUGAUGGGAAGCUCGGACGAAGAAGUCGUACACGGUAAACCGUCUCCUGACAUAUUUUUCGUUGCUGCCAAGAGGUUCAAGGAAAAUCCCGCACCCGAAAAGUGCCUAGUUUUCGAAGAUGCGCCAAACGGCGUUCAGGCAGCGGUUGCAGCAAAUAUGCAAGUCGUGAUGAUACCUGACCCACGCACGGACGCAGAAUUACGAAAAGGUGCCACGCAAAUACUCGAGUCCAUGGACCAAUUCAAGCCCGAAGAUUUCGGCCUUCCACCGUACGAUGAAUGAAACCGGUGUGCACUUUUUAAUCAAGUGCUUGGCAAAAUCGCCCGUCACGUUCCCGGUUAAGUUUGAAUGUGUGUAACUGAAUCUGCCUCGUUCGACAUAAUUCAGAAGAAAACUGGAUGACGUCAGCGUUAUCUGAUCACGCCUGUGUGAGACUUCUAGAGCCGUUUAUUCAGCUGCGUUAUUUCCCCCGAUGAUGAACGGGUUCUUUUGCUUGGUAUAUUUUGUUUAUAAUUCACCCGGAAAAAGAGCACCGUCAGGAAGUUUUUUGUUUGGCAAUGAACUGUGUGCUUGGAGUGUAGAAAAAAAAAGACAAUUUCUCUGAA